AUCUCCGACAUCUACAUCAGUGGCGAGUCAGGGGAUAUGUCAGCCAAGGAGAAGCUGCUUCUGUGGACACAGAAGGUGACGGCGGGUUACAUCGGGGUGAAAUGCACCAACUUCUCAUCCUGCUGGAGCGAUGGGAAGAUGUUCAACGCGCUCAUCCACAGAUACAGGCCAGAUCUGGUGGACAUGGAGAGGGUGCAGAUCCAGAGUAACCGGGAGAACCUGGAGCAGGCCUUCGAGAUUGCGGAGCGGCUGGGGGUCACCCGGCUGCUGGAUGCUGAAGACGUGGACGUCCCCUCUCCGGAUGAGAAAUCCGUGAUAACUUAUGUGUCUUCAAUCUACGAUGCCUUUCCCAAAGUCCCUGAGGGAGGAGAAGGGAUCAGUGCUAUCGAGGUGGACUCGAGGUGGCUGGAGUACCAGACCCGCGUGGAGUCCCUUGUCUCCUGGAUCAAGCAGCACACGAUACUCAUGUCGGAUAAAUCCUUCCCCCAGAACCCUGUAGAGCUAAAGGCACUUUAUAACCAGUAUAUACACUUCAAAGAAACUGAAAUCCCAGCGAAAGAGCAGGAAAAAGGAAGGAUAGAGGAGCUCUACAAACUGUUAGAGGUGUGGAUCGAAUUUGGACGUAUUAAGUUGCCCCAGGGCUACCACCCCAACGACGUGGAGGAGGAGUGGGGCAAGCUUAUCAUCGAGAUGCUGGAGCGCGAGAAGCUGCUGCGGCCAGCGGUGGAGAGGCUGGAAUUGCUGCUACAAAUUGCUAACAAAAUCCAGAAUGGUGCUUUGAGCUGUGAGGAGAAACUCACUCUGGCAAAGAACACACUGCAGGCUGAUGCUGCUCACCUGGAGUCAGGGCAGCCGGUGCAGUACGAGCACGACGUGGUCAUGUACCUGCAGGAAUGUGAGGGGCUCAUCCGCCAGCUCCAGGCGGAUGUGCAGAUCCUUCGGGAUGAGAAUUACUACCAGCUGGAGGAGCUGGUGUUCAGGAUCAUGCGGCUGCAAGAUGAGCUGGUGACACUGAGGCUGGAAUGCACUAACCUGUACAGGAAAGGUCACUUCUCCACCCUGGAGCUGGUGCCCACUUCCACGCUGAGCACAAUGCACUUGAAGGGCGAGUCCCUGACGAAAGGGCUUCACACCUCCUCUGCCUCCUGGUUCCGGAAGCCCAUGACCAGGACAGAGCUGGUGGCCAUCUCCUCUUCCGAAGAUGAAGGCAGCCUCCGUUUCGUGUAUGAGCUGCUGGCCUGGGUGGAGGAAAUGCAGAUGAGACUGGAGCGGGCAGAGUGGGGAACUGACCUGCCAAGCGUGGAAACUCAGCUGGAGACCCAGCGGCACAUCCAUUCCAGUGUGGAGGACCUGGGCUCCAGCGUAAAGGAGGCCAGGAUGUACGAGGGUAAAAUGUCUCAGAACUUCCGUGCCAGCUACACGGAAACGCUUGGCAAGCUGGAGACACAGUACUGCAAGCUGAUGGAAACCUCGAGCUUCCGGCUGAGGCACCUCCAGAGCCUGCAUGGGUUUGUGUCCCGGGCCACUGCUGAGCUCAUCUGGCUCAAUGAAAAGGAGGAGGAGGAACUGGCCUACGACUGGAGUGACAACAACCCUAACAUUGCAGCCAAGAAAAACUACUUCUCGGAGCUGAUGGCAGAGCUGGAUGAGAAGCAGGACAUCUUCCGCUCCCUCCAAGACACAGCAGAGCUGCUGUCCCUGGAGAACCACCCGGCCAAGCAAACUGUAGAGGCCUACAGCGCUGCUGUGCAGACUCAGUGGCAGUGGAUUAAGCAGCUCUGCUUGUGCGUGGAGCAGCACGUGAAGGAGAAUGCUGCCUAUUUCCAGUUCUUCAGCGAUGCCCGGGAGCUGGAGACCUACCUGCGGAACCUGCAGGACUCCAUCAAAAGGAAGUAUUCCUGCGACCAUAACACGAGCCUGACGCGGCUGGAGGACCUGCUGCAAGACUCCAUGGACGAGAAGGAGCAGCUCAUCCAGUCGAAGAGCUCUGUCGCCAGCCUGGUGGGACGGUCCAAAACCAUCGUGCAGCUCCGGCCCAGGAACCCGGAGCACCUUGUGAGGAGCACCAUCCCCAUCAAGGCUGUUUGUGACUAUCGGCAGAUCGAGAUCACCAUCUGCAGGAAUGAUGAGUGUGUGCUGGAGGACAAUUCCCAGAGGACCAAGUGGAAGGUGAUCAGCCCCACGGGGAACGAGGCCAUGGUGCCUUCUGUGUGCUUCCUGAUCCCCCCACCCAACAAAGAGGCCAUUGAAAUGGCCAACAGGAUAGAACAGUUGUACCAGAAAGUGAUGACUCUCUGGCACCAGCUCCACAUGAAUACAAAGAGCCUCAUCUCCUGGAACUACCUGCGGAAGGACAUCGCCCUGGUGCAAAGCUUCAGCAUGGAAAAGCUCCGGUCCUUGGCGCAAGGGGAGUGCCAGCAAGCCAUGAAGAGCCUCCAGGCGCACUACGAGGACUUCCUGCAGGACAGCCGGGACUCGGAGCUCUUCUCCGUGUCGGACCGGCUGCGCCUGGAGGAGGAAGUGGAGUCUUCCAAGGAACACAUCCGGCAGCUGCUGGAGUCCAUGGAGAACGAAGACAAGGACGAGACUGUUGCCAGGACUUACCUCUCUGAGCUGAAGAACAUCCGCCUGCGCCUGGAGGAAUGUGAGCAGAGGCUGGUGAGCCGCAUCCAGGCCCCCAGCAGCGCCCGAGCAGAUGCUGACACUAUCCAGGAAAACACCAUCCGCAUUGCGGAGCAGGAGCGGAUGCAGGAGGAUCUGCAGCGGCUGCAGUCGGACCUGAGGUUUGUUUCUGAGAGAUGCUACAGCUUCCUCAACAAGGCACCCGCGGGGUCCAGCACACCCCACCUGCGUUCUGAACUCGACUUGGUGGUGAACAAGAUGGACCAGAUGCAUGGGCUGUCUUCCACCUACCUGCAAAAGUUGAAGACGGUUGAUGUUAUUAUUCGUAACACCCAAGGAGCAGAAUCUCUGGUCAAAGGGUAUGAGGUUAAACUGAGCCAAGAGGAGGCAGUGCCCGCUGACCUGGCCACUAUCCAGUCCCACAGAGCAGCAUUACAGCAAUGGCUCGGGGAGGUGAAGGACAAGGGCUCCGUCUUCUCCAUGCUGGAGGAGGAGCUGGCAAAGGCGAAGGUGGUGGGGGAGCAGCUCUACCGGCUGCGGCAGGAGCGCAGCAUCGACCUUGAGCGCUACCAGGAGAAGGGGACCCAGCUCUGGGACCGCUGGCAGCGCGUCUGCGCCCAGAUUGAGACCCGCCACGCAGAGCUGGAGAGCAUCCAGGAGGUGCUGAGUGACUACCGGCAGUGCCACAGUGCCCUGAUCCAGUGGAUCGAGGAGAUCACAGUGCAGCAGGAGCUGAUGAAGCCCGGGCAGGCGGAGGACAGCCGGGUGCUGUCGGAGCAGCUGAGCCAGCAGACGGCUUUGGCUGCAGAAAUCGAGAACAAUCAAGCCAAACUGGACCAGUGUCAGAAGUUCUCCCAGCAAUAUUCGGCCGCUGUCAAGGACUACGAGCUGCAGCUCAUGACGUACCGGGCGUUCGUGGAGUCGCAGCAGAAGUCGCCCAUGAAGCGCCGGCGGAUGCUCUCAUCCUCGGAUGCCAUCACACAGGAGUUUAUGGAUUUACGGACCCGCUACACAGCUCUGGUGACAUUAACCACACAGCACGUGAAGUACAUCAGUGAUGCUCUCCGGCGCCUGGAGGAGGAGGAGAAAGUAGUAGAGGAGGAGAAGCAGGAACAUGUGGACAAGGUGAAGGAGCUGCUGGGCUGGGCCGUGGGCUUGAAGCAGAGUGUGCAAGGCAGGAUAGCUGCUGCUGGGAGCAGGGAGCUGGGCGACAUCGAGAAGUCCAUCUCGGAGCAGCAGGCCCUGAAUGAGGAGCUGGCUGCAAAGAAGGAGCAGGUCUCUGAGGCCAUCAAAACUUCACAGAUCUUCCUGGCAAAACACAGCCACAAGCUUUCCCAUCCGGAGAAGGAGCAGAUUUCUGCUCAGCUCGGUGCUCUGAAGGAGACCUACCAGGAGCUGUGCAGUGACUCCACGGAGCAGCUCCAGCAGCUCCAGAACCAGCUGGCUCAGGAGACAGAGCACAAGGGCAGCGAAGCAGUGGCAGGAGUGAUUGAUCUUGGCACGGUAGAAAUAUUCCCUGUCUUUGGUGCCGUGCAGAGAGGUCUUAUAGAUCAGGACACUGGCCUUGUCCUCUUGGAGGCCCAGGUUAUCACAUCUGACUUAGUUGUUCCAGAGACCAAUGAGAAACUCUCCUUGGAGGAAGGUCUGGCAAGAAACAUCAUUGAUCCCAGGACAUUCCAGGUGCUGCAGGAACUGAAGGAUGCUCUACACCGGGUGGAAGAAGUCAAAUGUGAAGGGAGGCAGCUCCUACCUGUCGUUGCUGCAGUAGAAGAGGGGAAGAUCAGUGAGAGCGUUGGGCUAAAGAUUCUUGAAGCUGAGCUCAUCACUGGGGGCUUUAAAGUCCAUCAGGGCAGAAUCAGCAUGGAGACAGCAGUGCAAGAAAGGCUCCUUACCCCGCAGCUUUACUCCAGACUCAUGUCUUACCUGGAGGGUGCCAAGGAUUUGAUUGACCCCAACACUGCUGAGAAAGUCAGUCUGCUUGAGCUCGUGCACCGAUGCAUCACCCACCAAGAGACGGGGCUGAGGCUGCUCCCAGUCAAGCAGCUGGCGGGUGGGAUGCUGAGCUUGAGCUCAGGCAGGAAAGUCAACAUCUUCCGUGCGGUCCAGGAGGGGCUGAUAGACAGGCAGGUCACGGUCAGGUUGCUGGAAGCCCACCUCUUUGCUGGUGGCAUUGUGGACCCCAGGACGGGGCACAGACUGACUGUGGAUGAGGCCGUGAGGCAUAAUUUAAUUGACCAGGAUUUGGCAUGCACACUUCUUAUCCGGCAGCUUCAGACAGGUGGCAUCAUCGACACCAUCACGGGAGAAAGACUGACCAUUGACGAAGCUGUAAGGAAAGAGUUGGUAGCACCAAGAAUUGCAUUGGUAGUCCUGGAAUCCCUGUGGUCCUUCAUGGGGCUCCUGUGGCCAGAGACAGGGGACAUCGUCCCAGUUGCGGAUGCUUUAGAGCAAGGAAUCCUGUCCACAGAGUUGGUUUACAAGAUUCUCAGCAGGAGGCAACUCAUUAAGGGUGUAUUCAUACCAGAAACCACUGAGGUGUUGUCCUGGAAGAAAGCUGUUGAACAUGGCAUCUUGGAGAGGGAUGUGGUGAAGAAGCUGAAAUCAACAGUCAUGCCUGAUGUCAUGGCCAGCGUGCAGCUUGCUGGCUCCUCAAGCAGAAGCAGGCACAGCCAGAGCUCUGCUGGAAGGAGUCCCACAGAUCACAAAGAGCAAAGUGACCCUGUGCUGAGGAGUGAUGAUGACCGGCUGAUGUUCCACUUGAUGACCCACAGUUACAUCAACAUCCAUGAUGGCCAGAAGCUGCUUUUAGUGGAUGGAGAGUUGAGCAAUCUCACUAAAGCCCUCAUCCAAACCCAAGAAAACGGAUCCUGUGCAUACAUGUUGGAAGACAGCGAAGGCUUUGAGGAGACAAAGGCAAAUGCAGCUCUUGAAAGCGAGCCUUGCAAUGGUUUGGCUUUGCAGCAGCUUGAGUUUCAAUUUGCUCCUUCAAAAGAACAAAGCGAUAAGGUCGUACCACCCACAACUGCUUUGGAGAAUGGGGAGGUGGUGAUGGGACCUGAAAGCCUCCUGAUGGACGAUGCAGAAGAUGUCCUGCUUGUGGAGGAGCAGGAGCAGGUGUAUACCAAACAGGCUACUGUCAAAAGUGAAACUGAUGCUGAGUUUGGAAGAGAGGAAGUAGAUUCUGCAAGCAAGGAUGAACACCAUGUAGAAUUACCAAUCCCAGGACAUCCUGGUGAGCUAGGUAGUGGAUUCAGAGAAACAGAAGAAAUGGUGAUUGAGACAGAAGAAGAGUCCAAGUCUACUACAGUAGAUGGAGUGGAAGGUAUUGAAGAUCAGAAGAGGGCAUCAGAAAUUGCAGCAGUUGUUGUGAAAAGUGAUAUAUGCAUAUCAGUGGGUGUUUCAGAACGUAGGGAUAGACUGGAAAUCGUGGCAGAGACAUCUCAGGGUGUGGAGGAACCUGGACCAGAGGCAGAAGAUGUUGGAGAGAUUUGUAUGUUGCAUGAGGAAACGAUUGAGAACGGUGUGUUGGGAGAAGAGGAGAUUGUGCUCCCUGAAACUGGAGAGGCAGAGCAAACAGAGAGGCAAGGCAAAGGCAUUGAAAGCGUGUUGGAAGUGGAAGAAGGAGAGGGGGAAGAAGCAUUGGGUGAUGAGAGUGUUGAUGAAACAUCCUUGCCAGCCCCUGCAGAGCAGGAAGCAGAGGACACUUUGGAAAUGCUCUUAACACAGCUCCAAAGUGGUGGCAUAAUCCAUGAGCAGACAGGCAAGACUCUUCUUCUGAAUGAAGCAGUCGUGUGCGGGGUGGUGCCCAGCCACACAGCUGUGAAACUCAUGGAGAAAAUGAAGAUGUUCAGUGGCUUCUUUGACUCUCAGACUCGUGAAUCAUUAACCACUGAGGAUGUCAUUGAAGAGGGUCUGAUGGAUGAGAGGCUUCUCCACAAGGUGCUUGCAUCUGACAAAGCAAUAAGUGGCGUUCUUGACCCAGGCAAUAACUUCGUCUACUCUGUCAAGGAUGCUGCUGCCGUUGGCCUUCUGGACAAGGAAACAGCAAUGAGGAUCUUGGAAGGACAAGUGGUUACUGGAGGGAUUGUUGACUUGAAACGUGGCAAGAAAGUAUCAGUCACUUUGGCUUCAAAUCUGGGCCUUAUAGAGCCAACAAGCCAGAAGGAGCUGGUCAAGCUGGAGAAGGCUUCCAAAGGGAAAGGUACCGAUGAGAUGACCAGACAGAAGCUCAUUAGCUUACAGGCUGAGACCAGUGGGAUUGUGGAUCCUAAAACCAAGCAGCCUCUGACUGUUGCACAGUCUGUUGAAAAAGGGCUUCUGGAAAAGGAAAAAGCUUUUCAGCUCUUGACCAAGCAGAUUGCUGAGGGAGGAAUCAUCCAUCACGUGUCUGGGAUGAGGCUUUCGGUAAAUGACGCAAUGAAACACGGUUUGAUUGAUCAAUAUCUGUGCGAGGAACUUGGGAAAGCUGAAAGCGUGUGUCAUCAGGACUAUGUUCAUCCAGAUACAAAGGAGAAGCUGCCCUUGCCCCAGGCGGUAUCAUUAGGGCUCAUUAGUCCAGACUUCCAGAGGAAAGUGCAAGAAAUCCAAGCUGGGGGUGGAAGCGUUUUUGACCCUGCAACUGGCCAUAGGCUGUCACUCUGUCAGGCGGCGCAGGAGGGCUUGCUGCCCCAGCCAGUGAUGGAGAAGGUCCUGUCAUCUCCAGAGAUGAAAGAAGGAAUCGUGGAUCCCGAGACCUGCAUGGUCGUUCCCUACUCAGAAUUCAUCAAGAAGUGUAAAAUCGACAUUGAAUCUGGCCAGAGGUACCUGGAGGUCCAUCCCUUCCGAGCCAUCAGGGAUGAGGUGACGGGGCAGAAGCUGACGUGUGCCGCGGCGGUGCGGCUGGGCAAGGUGGACCCUGUGCCCGCGCUGCGGCUGCUGCAGGCACAGGCAGACGGUGGUGGGGUUGUGGAAGGCUCUGUCAGCAAGAGGCUGUCCCUGAGGGCUGCUGUGGAGCAGGGGCUGCUGGAUGAGGGCAUGGCCAAGCUCAUCGCCACCAACCAGAUGAGGGCUGGGGGAAUCGUUGAUGCUAGCAGUGGGAAAAGAUUGUCUUUAAAGGAAGCUGUUGAAAAAGAACUGAUUAGCCAAAAAUUAGCUGCCAGUCUUCAGGAUGCUCCAAUAUCCAAAGACAAAUACGGUUCUGAAGUCUGUGAAGUAGAUAAACCCCAGGAAAAAGUAUCUCCAAAAGAGGAAGAUGUCAUCCUUGCUACCAGUGCUGUCAAGAAGUCUGAUGGUGCUGAGCACAAACCUGUAUCUGAAGCUUUGAGCUACGACGUGGCUGCUGGUGCAACUGCUGCCACUGGGAGACCCCCAGUGACACCGACAGAAGGGGAAUCAAAGUCUCAAGAAACUUCAGAGGAUGGUUUAAUGCACCAUGACCAAGAAAUGGUCGAACUGACUCCAGAACACCCCUCAGGUUUAGGUGCAGCAUCUCUCCCUGAAGAGACGGUGGUGGUGAGGACUAUGGAAAAGGGGAUUGCGAAAAGCACCUCCCAGGUGAGAACUGCCUGGGGGGAGGAAUCGAGGAGAGAAGUAGUAGGUCAAGGGACAGAGAAAGUGGAGGGAUUUGGCUUGGAGAAAGAGCAGGACAUGGAGGUGCUUCACAGUGUGGAGGAUGGCGAGGAGAGGAGGAGGAGAGAGUUUGUAAGUGCAGAGGGAGCUGCAGCAGGUGAAGAAGGUGCGGUGGAGGCUUCUGAGCAAGGAGGGCGAGAGGGCAGCCUGGACCGGGUACCACCAGCAGCCCCGAGGGCAUCUGUUACUGUGGGUCGAGGGAAGGGAGAGAUGAGUCCUGCAGAGUCUGAGACUGGCAUCCCUACAAAGCCUGAAGGAGAUGAGCUUGCAGGUGAAAGAACUGUCAAACACAUUGAAGAAGAAACCCUGCGACUGGGUGCAGAAGGUCCAGUUGAUCAGGAGAAAACAAGUGAAAUGGAGCUAAAACCCACCCAGAAACAGAAGAGAAAGAAAAAGAAAGCAAAGCAGAUCAGUAGUGCAGGAGACAGCACUCAGCCAGAGAGAUCUUCUGUAGAAAAGCAGUCCCUUCCUUCUCUGAUUUCCAAAGAAAUCCCAGGGAAGAAGGAGAAGGACUUGGUCUUGAGCACACCAGAACCAAAACAUGAAACCACCACCAGGAUUAUCUCUGAUGAAGAUAAAGAAAACCUCGGUGGGGCUCAGGUGGCCCCUGUCUCCCCAGGGCAAGGAGGAGCUCAAGAGGUGAUGGAAAGUGGGACCAGAAAUGGUCAGGAUUCCUCAGCAGCAUUGAGCCUGGAGGAGAGGAUGACCCAGGAAGACACCAAGGUGGAAGCCACCAGUGAUGUGCCCAGCGCAGCCCCUGCAGCAGAUGAACUGCCCCAGGAAUUACUUAUCAGAGAGGAACCCACGGAAGUUAAGGAAAGCUCUGCUGCAGUCUUUGAGCUUGGAGAAGAGAAACAGCAAGAGCCAGCAGUGGAGAUCAUGUUCAGCAAGAAGAUGUGUCUGGAGCACGACGAGAAGCUGGUAUCUUAUCUCUCUAUGCUCCGAGAUGUUGAGAUGCGGAUCAAGCGGGUGCAGCCUGCCGGGCAGAAGCGGAGUUUGGCAGCUCUGCACGAGCUGCUGCAGCAGGCAGAGGCCCUGGGCGCUGAGCUGCAGGAGCUGAGCUUCCCAGUGAAUCAGGAGCUGGAUGCCGUGAAGCAGAUUGUGGCCAACCCCCCUGAAGAAGUCCCUGAGCAACUGCUGAAGGCUUUGGAGAAGGAUGCCAAGAACCUGCAGAAGUCUCUGAGCUCUACGAGUGAUGUCCUGGAGUCCCGGCUGCAAAACCUUCGCGGGGCAGCAGAAACUGAAAAGGCUAAAAUCCUGGCACAUCACGAGAGUCUCCAGGGCAAGCUGCAGGAGCUGCUGAGCUGGGUCUCCAGCACCACAGAGUCACUGGAGGGCAGUGAUUACCACCACGAGACUGAUGUGAACAGCUUGGGCCGCUGCCUGCAGCACUACAAGGAGCUGAAAGAGCCCUUGGCUGAUACCAAGUCUCAGCUCGACGCCACUGCCUUCGACAUCCAGUUCCUUAUCUCGGAGCACGCCCAGGACUUGACCCCUCAGCAGAGCAGGCAGCUGCUGCGGCUGCUCAAUGAGCUGCAGAAGGCUUUCCGGGACCUGUCGGAGCACGUCACGGCUCGGGUGGAGGUGCUGCAGGUCUGCCUCCAGCAAGUGGAGCAGACGGAUCAGGUGAAGACGCUGCAGGAGCAGCAGGCAGCCCGGGCGCAGAGCCUGGCUGAGCUGAGCCGCUGGCUGAGCCAGGCUGAGGACACGCUGGUGGAGCAGCAGAGAGCAGCCAGCGAAGGGGACCUGUCCACCCUGCAGCAGAGGCAGAGCCAUGUGAAGGAGCUGCAGAGGAACAUGCACACCCGAGCCGCCUCCUUCGCCAGCAUCCUGAAAAGCACAGAGGAGUUUCUGGAGGACAACAAGGCGAAGAUGGAGCCUGGGGAGCUGGCAGCGCUGCAAGAGAAGCUCCAGCGUGCCAAGGAGCAGUACCGGUCCCUGCAGGAGAGGACAGAGAUGGCCCAGAAGGAGCUGGAGAGCGCUGUUACUGCUGCAGUGCAGCAGGAGACUGAAAAGAUGAAAGCUGCCAAAGAGCUGGAGGAGAACAGCAAGAAGAUUGACUCCCUUCUGAAUUGGGUGGCAUCACUGGAGCAGAAGGGAGGGCUCCUGGAGUACAGACCCCACCCCAUCGAGCAAGCACCAGGAGAAGGAGUGGGGGCAGGCACUGGGGAUGUCCCUGAUGGCCACGUUGUGGGAGCAGACAGUGCUGCCGAGAGCCUGGAUGAGCAGUACGAGAGGCUGAAGGCCCAGCACCAGGAGCUGCUGUCGCAGCAGCAGGAUGUCAUCCUGGCCACGCAGUCAGCACAGGCGUUCCUGGACAAGCACGGCCACAGCCUGGCCGGGGACGAGCGGGCCCGGCUCCAGGGCCGGCUGGCAGAGCUCAAGCACCAGUACGCGGCUUCCCUUGCGCAGUCGGAAGCGCGGCUGAAGCAAGUGCAGGUCCUGCGGGAUGAGCUGCGCAAGUUCCUGCGGGAUCAUGGCGAGUUCGAGGCUUGGCUGGCGCAAGCGGAGCAGGAUCUGGAGGGGAUGGCCAAGGGGGGCAGUGACCCCGCGGCGCUCCGGCAGCUGCUCCAGCGGCAGGGCAGCUUCUCCGAGGACGUCAUCUCCCACAAAGGAGACCUGCGCUUCGUUACCAUGUCAGGGCAGAAGGUGCUGGAUGCGGAGGGAGCUGCUGGGGACGCCGGGUCCCCGGCGCUGAUGUCCGGGAGCGUGGUCAGGAGCAAGCUGGAGGAUGCGACGCGGCGAUACACCGCGCUGCACUCCAAGUGCACCAAGCUUGGCUCCCACCUCAGCACCUUGCUGGAUCACUACCAGCAGUUCCAGGAGGUGGCAGAGUCUCUCAGGACGUGGCUGCAGGAGAGUGAAGCUGCCGUUGGGAAACUGCUCUCGGAGACGGUUUCUUCGGAUCCGGCCAUUCUGCAGAAGCAGCUCGCCAGUGCCAAGCAGUUGCAGGGAGACCUCGCUGAGCAUCAGGUGCCAGUGGAGAAGCUCCAGAAAGCAGCUCGGUCCCUGCUGGAAGUACAAGGGGAGCCGGCCCCAGACCAUGGGCACAUCCAGGAAACAACAGAUGCCAUCGUGAGCCGCUUCCAGAGCCUCUCCCAGCAGAUGGCCCAGAGCUCGGACCUGCUGACCCUGGAGAGGGAGCAGCCGGCUGCGCUCUCCUCCGCAUCCAUCCAGGACUCGCUCGCCACGAGCGCGAAGCUGAAGCAGGACAUCGCCCGGCAGAAGAGCUGCCUGGAAGCCACUCGGGAGAUGGUGACACGGUUCAUGGAGGCAGCAGACAGCCCCACGGCCUCUGCCCUGCAGGACAAGCUGGCAGAGGUGACGGAGCACUUUGGGAGGCUGUGCCAGCAGCAGCGGGACAGAGAGGAUGCGCUGAAGGGCCUCCUGCCCAAGGUGGAGCAGUACGAGCAGCUCUCAGAGAAGCUGCAGCAGUUCACCGAGAGCAGAGCACGGAUGUUGGCAUCUGGGAAUCAGCCAGACCGGGACAUCGCUCGCUUCUCCCAGCACAUCCAGGAGCUGAAUUCGGAGCUGAGGCAGCACCAGGAGGACCUGGCUGUCCUGGAGAACCUGGCUGCGGAGCUGGGCUCCUGCGGCUUCGCCCCUGGUGCUUCCCAGCAGCAGGAGAAGCUGCAGAGCCUGAAGAAAGACUUCCUGCAGCUGCAGACGGUGGCAGAGGAGAGAGAAAAGGAUGCGUCGUCCUGCCAGGAGCAACUGGAUGAGUUUCGGAAGCUGGUUGGGGCUAUGAGGAAGUGGCUGAGGGAGAGUGAAGGCAAAAUGCCGCCCGCUGAGACCUCCCUGGGCACCCAGGAGCUGUACCAGCACCGGCAGCAGAUCCAGGAUCUGCUAGAGGAGUGGAAAGGGAAGGGGGCUCAGGUGGAGGAGAUCGGCCGCAGAGGGACCCUCCUGGAGAACCUGAUUGUGGAGAUUACAGCCCCUGACACCCCGUCCAAGGCAGGUGCUGCGCUGCCCGCUCCGGGAGGGUCGCUCGGCAGCGUGAACGGAUACCACACGUGCAAAGAUCUGACUGAGAUCCAGUGCGAUGUGUCCGAUGUGACCCAGCAGUACCAGGGCCUCGGCGCGGCGCUGCGGGAGCGCCAGCAGCAGCUCUCGGCUAUGCUGGAGAAGAUGCAAGAGGUGCAGGAGGAGGCCAGCUCCAUGCUGAAGUGGCUGGAGUCGAAGGAACGAACACUGUCGGAGCUGGACGCCUCCUCCUCGCCCACCAAGACAGAGACGAUGAGAGCCCAAGCUGAGCACAACAAGGCAUUUCUGGCUGAAUUGGAACAGAAUUCAGGGAAGAUCCAGAAGGUAAAGGAAGCACUUUCUGGCUUGCUGGAGAAAUACCCAGAUUCUCCAGAAGCAGCGAACUGGAAGAAGAUGCAGGAAGACCUGAAUUGCAGGUGGGAAAGAGCCAGCCAGGCGACGGCUGCGCGGCAGCAGAAGCUGGAGGAGUCAGUGAACCAGCUGGCCAGCUUCCAGGCUGCUGAAGCCCAGCUCCGGCCUUGGCUGAUGGAGAAAGAGCUGAUGAUGAGUGUGCUGGGACCCCUCUCCAUCGACCCAAACAUGCUGAACGCGCAGAAGCAGCAGGUCCAGUUUAUGCUGAAGGAAUUUGAAGCUCGCAAACAGCAGCACGAGCAGCUCAACCAGGCAGCUCAGAGCAUCUUGACUGGCCCUGGAGAUGUUUCUCCAUCCACUAACCAGGUGCGGGAAGAACUCCAAGGGGUUAAUCAGAAAUGGUCUGAGCUAACAGAACGGCUCAACUCCCGCUCCAGCCAAAUUGAUCAAGCCAUAGUGAAGAGCACCCAGUACCAGGAGCUGCUCCAGGGCCUGUCGGAGAAGGUGAAGGCAGUUGGGCAGCGCCUGAGCAGCCAGUCUGCCAUCAGCACACAGCCCGACGCCGUGAAGCAGCAGCUGGAGGAAACCAGCGAGAUCCGCUCGGACCUGGAGCAGCUGGAAGAGGAGAUCACGGAGGCUCAGACCCUCUGCGAUGACCUCUCUGUCCUCAUCGGGGAGCAGUAUCUCAAAGAUGAGUUACGGAAACGUCUGGAGACAGUGGCGCUGCCUCUCAAAGGGCUGGAAGACCUGGCAGCCGACCGGAUGAACCGACUGCAGACUGCGUUUGCCAGUUCCCAGCAGUUCCAGCAUAUGUUUGAUGAACUCAGGACCUGGCUCGAUGACAAACUGUGCCAGCAAGCUCAGAGCCAACCCAUUUCUGCUAAACUGGAGAGGCUACAGAGCCAAAUUCAGGAACAAGAGGAGUUCCAGAAAAGCCUCAACCAACACAGUGGCUCCUACGAGAUGAUUGUAGCCGAGGGAGAAUCUUUGCUGCUUUCCGUCCAGCCUGGGGAGGAGAAGACCACUCUGCAAAACCAGUUGGUCAGCCUCAAAACACACUGGGAAGAGCUCAGCAAACAAGCUGCCAACAGGCACUCUAAGCUCAAGGACUGUUUGCAGAAAGCUCAGAAGUACCAACGGCAUGCAGAGGACCUCCUGCCUUGGGUGGAGGACUGCAAGGCAAAGGUGAUGGAGCUGGAAGUAACUCUGGAUCCAGUGCAGCUGGAGGCAACUCUUCUGAGAUCAAAGGCUAUGCUGAGUGACGUGGAGAAGCGCCGCUCCUUGCUGGAGAUGCUGAACAGUGCUGCUGACAUCCUGAUUGAUGCUUCUCAAACCGAUGAGGAUGACAUUCGGGAUGAGAAGGCUGGCAUCAAUCAGAGGAUGGAUGCCAUCACAGAAGAGCUGCAAGCCAAGACUGGCUCCAUUGAAGAAAUGUCACAGAGGCUCAAGGAGUUUCAAGAGAGCUUCAAGAACAUUGAGAAGAAGCUGGAAGGGGCGAAGCACCAGCUGGAGAUCUAUGAUGCACUGGGGCCACAGGCCUGCAGCAACAAGAAUUUGGAGAAGCUCAGGGCACAGCAGGAGGUGCUGCAGGCCCUGGAGCCACAAGUGGAUUAUCUGAAAAACCUCACUCAAGGUCUAGUAGAAGAUGCCCCAGAUGGGUCUGACUGUUCCCAGCUCUUAAGCCAAGCUGAGGUGGCUCAGCAGGACUUCCAAGCUGUGAAGCAGAAAGUCAAUGACUGCUGUACACUCAUGGAAAACAAGCUUGAAGGGAUCGGUCAAUUCAAUAAUCGGGUCAGGGAGAUGUUCUCCCAGCUGGCAGAUCUUGAUGAUGAGCUGGACAGCAUGGGCCCCAUUGGGAGAGACUCUGACAGCCUUCAGUCCCAAGCAGAGGACGUUCGCACGUUCCUGGGCAAACUCCACAGGCUGAAGUGUGACAUUGAAGCCUCUGAAAGUGAAUGUAAGAAGAUGCUGGAGGACGAAGGGAGCCCCGAUUUAUUAGGACUGAAACGUGAGCUGGAGACACUGAAUAAACAGUGCAGCAAACUGACAGAGAGGGGCAAGAACCGCCAGGAGCAGGUAGAAACGACACUGUCUCGUGUCGAGGACUUCUACAGCAGGCUGAAAGAGCUGACCCACAUGACAACCGCAGCGGAGGACAACGAGGCGUUGCAAUGGGUGGUGGGAACAGAGGUGGAAACCAUCAACCAGCAGCUGGCAGACUUCAAG